AUGAAACCCAUCGGGGAAGAAGGCGAGUCUUCCCCAUGUCCGAACCCUGAAUACCGACUAGGCGACGUGAGACGGCGACGCGACUCUCGGCAGAUCCCGGUACCACUUUCGCUUUACGCGCCUAAAAUGGCGUGUCUAAGGAAGCUCAAGGAGGAUAUAUCUGUUCUUGAAUCACUUUUCCCGAAAAAUCAUGAACGUUUGCAGGUACUAGUUGCUUCGGUGGAUGAAAUAACGCUCAAAUUCAUUGACGGCACAGGAAAAUCUGUGAUUAUCAAUGCAAAUAUAUUGGAAGAUUAUCCACGUCAAGCUCCUCUGUGGUUCAGCGAAUCAGAUGAUGCGGUGAUUUGUUCCGCUUUGGAACGCCUUUCUUCAGAAGGUGAUCACCAAACAUGCCUCCUUGCGCAGAUUCACAAAUUAGUUUCUGAGUUAUGCCGUCAGUACAAUGUGACAAUCCCUUCGGAGCUGACCCGUUUGGCUCCUCCAGACGAAGAUGAUAUGAAGGAUGAGGGACAAGGAAGUGACAUGGAAUCCGAAGAAGAAGGCGAAGAAAUGGUGGAAAUUGCGGAUGUUGACAUGACGGAGGAAGAACCACACGGUAGCAUGGAUGAUGACGUUUCUCCGGAAGGGAAGGAGAUGCUGGAGAAGAUCACACGUUCAACUCGUCAACAACAUCUGAAUGGAAAUAUACAAGGAUCAGUGACAGCAACAGAUCGAUUGAUGAAGGAAAUGAGAGAUAUUUACAAAAGCGAACACUUCAAGAACGGGGUAUAUUCAGUAGAACUACGAGACGGGGAUAAUUUAUACGAGUGGUGGGUGAAGCUGUAUAAGGUGGAUUCGGAUAGUGCACUGUACUCGGACCUUCUGACGCUUGCUACCGAACACAAACAGGACCACAUUCUUUUCCACUUCUUGUUCAAUGAAAAUUUUCCUUGUGAUCCUCCUUUUGUGCGAUUGGUCUCACCAACGGUGUCCAACGGGUACGUGCUUGGAGGAGGAGCCAUCUGCAUGGAGUUAUUGACGAAACAAGGAUGGUCAUCAGCUUAUUCGAUUGAGUCCCUGAUACUACAAAUUGCAGCUACAUUAGUAAAAGGGAAGGCUAGGAUACAAUUCGAAGCAAAGGCACAAUACAGUUUGGCAAGGGCUCAGCAAUCCUUCAAAUCACUGGUACAAAUACACGCGAAAUCUGGUUGGUACACUCCGCCCACAACCGAAGGAUGA